UUAAGGAAAAUAGUGUGUUAAUUCAUUUCAUAUUUUACUAGUUUGAUCAUGUUUUUUAUGUUCUCGUAUUAAAAAUAAGUUCAUUCUUUUAAUACCUUACAAAAAAUGGAGCUUUCCAUAAAAAAGUGACUAUCUUAGACGUCUCGGUAGACGCACGCCUCUGUAUAUAUUUUUUGGCCUUGUAGAUUUACUUAAAUUUUCAAAUUACUUUCGCAUAACUAACAAAAAAUAACGGUUUUUUACAUAAACUGGUGAAAUUAUUAAAUUAAUUACCACACUCGUAUUCCCGAGGGGCGCGCAAACCUUUAAUUAUGGUGUACACUUUCCCUUUAAAUACAACUUAAUUGGAUUGUUAAUUACCCUUAAAUACUUUAAAUUGUUUAAAUACUUUUAAUUCUAUUAAUUAUAGAAUUAAUUCUAUUAAUUAUAGAAUUUAUUCUUUAAAUGUUCUUUGAAUACCUUUGAGUAUCAUUAAAUAGUUUUAAAUGCGUUUAAAUACUUUUUCAAUAUUUCAAUAUGAAAAGAACUAACGAAGUUUUGCGUGAGCUAACGAAGUUUUGCGAAGACGUUGUUCGCCCCGAACGGCAAAAGUUUACUUCAUUAUUCGAAAUUUCAGUGUACAAGCAUAAUCAUAAUAAUAAUUGCUCCGUACCCAAUAUCGAUGGUGAAUAUAUCGAGGAGAGCCCAAGCGACGAAGAGAUGAUGGAAGAACUCGUGGAAGAAGUUGUAGAAGAAACAUCAGAUGAUGGAACCAAGCAAAUAGAGCAGCAAAGUAGUCAGUGUUUUGAAGACGAGUAUGAAGAUGAUAAGGACCAAAUAGAUAUUGACGACAAUUUUCUUGUAAGCUUACCUGAUUACAUAAGAAAUAAUGAAGAAGUAAUUUCAGAAAAUAGUCAAUAUGUUGUCCUAAAGGGAAGUAACCUCGGAAGUAACAAAAAAGAAGUUAAAAUUAAAAAAUCUACAUUGUUGUGGUUUUUAAUCAACCCAGAAAGAAAGCUAAGUUCUGACAGAAUACAAAGAGUAAGAGAUGUAAAAACGAAUGUUAGUUCAAGUUCGGGUGUAAAAGUUAGAAGCAAUCGAACUAAGAAAAAAACAGUAACUAUUAGCGAAACAGAUACGGAAGAUGAAGAAAGCUUUAAGUCAGGUUCAUCCGAUGACCAAUGGGAAGAACAACAUGACGACAACGAUGAUGAUUUAGAAAGUACAAAUGUAUUAACAAAUGGUGACUGGAUUCUGGUAAAGUUGCCAGGCAAAAAAUGUUUUAAGCACUUUAUUGGACAGAUUUUAAAAAUUAAUAAAAGUGAACUGACAAUAAAGUUUUGUAAAAAAUACUCUGAUAAUAAAUUCAAAUGGCCAGAGAAGGAAGAUAUUGCUGUUGUGAAUAAGAAGGAUGUAAUCAAGCAGAUUCCCCAACCAAAUUUUAAUUUUAAAAAUAAUCGUUUAUUGUUUUUCACUUUUAAUGUAUCGUUUGCGGGAUAUAAUGUUUACUAAAAUGUAAGUUAUGUAGAUCACGAUACUUAAAAAAUGUUUCUAUUUUAAAUAUUGCAUGGUACAACGAAGCAUGAAAUAAGGUAAUCCAAUUUAUUAAGCACAUUUUGAUGCCAUAACUGUGGGAUGAAGAAUGUUUUACAUUAAAGUUUUCAACACUUUGCGCACACUUUUGAUGUUAAAAGGUAGUUACUUUCAAAGUUGUCGGUCAAAAUCUCGGUCAAAAUUGAUGCCGUGUCUGGCGAAAUGCCCUGUAAUUGGUUUACCCUUGUUGUACUAUGGUAAUAUUCCUUGAAGUUACAGAUAGUGUAUACCCUAGCAUGUACAUUUAAGUACAUAUUAAAUCCAUUUCAGUGA